AAAUGCUUGUUAUCUGGUUAAUGUUAAUUUGCAAAAAUCCUUUCAAUUUAGAAUUGCGUUAUUCGAGGAAUGAUUUAACAACUAAAACAACAAAUUCUGCUUCUUUUGCAGAAAAUAUUGUGAAUUGUUUAGAUGAAAUUUUGAAAAGUGAAACUGUUGAUGGAGCAAUGUCAGUCGUCCCAACUUUACUAGCCCAAAUAUUAACUAGAGCGCCAGUCAAUACCAAAGCUUUGGAAACUCGUUUUUUAAAUUUUCAAAAUGUUUUUGACAAAUUUCAAAGUGAAAAGGAUGGUGGACGUCAAUUAAUUAAUCAAUUAGCUUUGGCCAAUGCUUUACUAAAAUGGGGCCGUAGAAGAGAUAUUAAACCAUUUACUGAACACCUUUUUUCUUCACUUUCAAAAGAUUUUUUAUUUUCCCAAUGUCCAAAUAUUUUGGUUCGCCAUUUAAUUUCAAAACUUUUACAAAGAAUUUCACUUGUUUUGCUUCGCCCAAAACUUGCUAGUUGGCGUUAUCGUUGUGGUUAUCGUUCUAUUGAGGAAACUUUGAGGAGAGAUAAAAAUUUGAAAAUUGAUUCUGCGACGUCUUUACAAGGUUUUUAA